AUGGCCGGAUGGCCGAAAACCGGUGCCGAAACCAUGUUUCGGCAGCUGAUUGGCCAAACGUUUACGGUCCACCUGCCAAGUUUACACGACACGUGCCCCGUGCCCCUGAAUGGUGUAAUCCACCGCGAUCUCAAGCCAGAGAAUAUCCUUCUUAGCGAUGACGGCCAUAUCAAGUUGAUCGACUUUGGUACAGCCAAGGACGAGACGGAAGAAAGUCGUCACAACACGUUUUGCGGUACUGUCUGCGAGCCACCGUUCACUGCCAGUGUCUGCAAGACACAUCCCAAGGACACUCAUGCACCUGGCAGUGCAGCUUGCGGCUGCACUACAACCGCCUACACUGAGUACACAAGCGAUCGACACAUGGAGAGCAAUCCUCCUGUGACGAACCCUACGUCCCCACUGAAGCAAGAGUGGAAGUUGUUCGGCGCCCGCACGGUUCCUAAAAUCCCAGUCGUACCGAGGCUCAGGCUGCUACUAAAAUUCAAGGGGCUUCAGCGCUUUACACCGACCACGGCAUCUCAGCUGCGGAGUAAUUGUGGCGAAGCCGCGGCUGGCAGAUACUGUGAGCCAUCGAAAGCGCGCGCACUAAAGCCAAUAUUUUCGGAAUCUGAAGAACAACGUCCGAGCACGCUGCAAGAGGUCAUUCAGGCCUUUGACGAGGCAGAUGGCGAACAAUCCACGAAUGAUUCGGUCGACGAUGACUUUGUGGAUGUUCUCGCAGCUCAGAAUGCGGUAGACAGCAGCGAAGGCGACAAAGAUUCGGUAGGAGGAACGAAUGACGAAGGAGGCAAUGCUGGUGGUAGUACGAGUGAUGAAGCGGAGAUGUACUCGGAUUCUGCGGAAGAUCACUCCACAUUUGUGACCACCGCUACGUCCGCCAGGGAAGAAGCCAGCUGCUCGACCGGCUACAACACAAGUUGGGCCUGCGAGUGUGGCCACUCGGGAUGCUACAGCACAAGUUCUGACUCGAAAACUUCAAGCGCUAUCCUGUCUGAUACAGCAGAAGAAAACACGAUGACGCUGCCUCUGUAUCUUGAUACAGAAGAAGGUCAUGCUGCAGUAGAGGAAGAGGAAAAAGUCGAACUUGAUGACGUUGCAGAGCUCAACAUGCACGAUUCGAAUGGAUUCAUUUCCGCUUUGUCCAAGUGUGAAUGGUGUCAAAAUGCGGAUGCAGACGAUCCCAAUCUCUGUGACUCGGACUCGGAGAGCGACAAGUCUGAUGGUAUUGAUACGGAAGAUUAUAUUCACGAAGUAAUGGACACGGAAGUGGACUUGGCAAGUGGACUUGGCAAGUGA